AUGGCAUCCGCUUCCUUCCGAGAAUCCAUGAACUCGCUUGGCUGGUCCAGGCGCGAGUCGCAGGCCCCCGUGAGCACCGCGCCGCCCUCGCUGCUCGAUAGAAUACAGAACCUGAAUCCCUUUGGCGAGGGAGGCUACGUGCGACUGCCUACCACCGAAACAAACCCCGGUGCCCCUCUGCCUGCCCCAACGCGAAGAGAGGAAGAAGAGGGCUGGUUUGCGCUAAGUCGGUGGGACCGGUUGCUCGUUUUUGGCGGCCUGCUCCUUGCUGCCUUGGCCAUGUUUGCUACAUGCAUUGGCCUCAUGUUUACGCCUGUCUUUUUGGUUAGGCCGCGCAAGUUUGCCAUCUUAUGGUCUAUGGGCAGCCUUCUCUUUCUAGCUGCAUGGGGUGUCCUGAUGGGCCCGAUACAAUAUGUUCAUCACCUUAUCUCCGGCCCCAGACUUCCGUUCACAGCCGCGUAUUUUGGCAGCAUCGUCCUCACGUUGUAUUUCUCCCUAGGUCUGCAUAGCACCCUUCUCACCUUCAUUGCGGCUGCCGCUCAGCUAGUUUCGCUGGUUUGGUACAUCGUAUCCUACUUCCCCAUGGGCUCCUCUGGUCUACGUUUUGCUGCGCGCUUUGGAGGAAACCGCGUCGCCGCCUGGAUAAGUGACUAG